AUGUAUAAGCUUUCCCUACGUUGCGGCCACCUUUUCGGUUGGAAUCCGUUCAGCAUUGUCGUUGUCCCUGUAACUGUGCUCUUGUUGUUUUUCUAUGGCUUGUCAUAUCUCGAGUACACCGAAAAGUAUCUUGCAGUCACCGUCGCUCGUAUUCUUCCUCCACACUGUUGGGUGUGGACGCUCAUCACGUUCAGCUUUUACAAUCCAAAUGUAUUUGGUGUAAUUUCGGAUAUAUUAACCAUCUAUCUUGUUUAUAUUUUCAUACUUUCCUCUUGGAGGUGGCUUGAGGUUACUAAGUUCUUCCUUGUUAUUCAACUUAUUUCGGCUCUUUUGUGCGUAUUUAUCCUUUUUGUUGGAUAUGCUAUUACCUCUGAUAUGGAUCUCUUGUGGAAUGUACCCAUUCAUGGACUUUGUCCAUUGUUGGGCGGUGUCCUGAUUGCAGCCCGUCAAGUUACACCUGACACUGUCCUUGCUAAACUCCCACUAGGGAAGUUUCGAAUGAAACAUGUUCCAUUUGCUUGCUUAUUGGCCGUGUUUCUGGGUGCCGCCUUCCGCAUCCUCUACUUCAUUCCUGUCAUCGCAGUAACUUCAGGAGUUAUUAUUAGCUGGAUUUAUCUACGUUUUUACCAGAAACAUCCGAAUGGCGAUAUUGGUGACACUACGGAUGCCUUCAAGUUCUCUGGUUGUUUCCCCAAUCAUUUAGAGCCUCCGAUUUCAAUAGCAUCAAACACUAUCUACAAUUUCCUGGUUCGUAUACGCUUGUGCCGUAAACGUUCACAAGUUAUGACCUUUGCACCCGAAAAUCUAUCAGUGAAAAUUGUGGAAUCUGAUCCUUCCAGUCGCCGCAGGCAACUCGCACUGCAAGUUCUCAGGGAAAAGCUUCCCAUGCCACCGGCCUAUACCUCAUCUCUUCUGGACUCUCCGCCGCAAACACAGAAGGAGGAUCCUAGCCAAUCUUCACCCCAAAUUCCAAGGAUUCUUGAACCGAUUCCCGAACGAUCCUAUUCCGUUCCAGUGGAGUCUAGUACCAACAAACCAUAA